GGUCCGGUCUAGUGCCAGGAGUGUGCUGGCAGCUCCAGAAGGGCCCUUGCCACGGUGUGAGCCUGAGUGGUGGGGACAGGUGAGGUUAAUUAGAGUUCUGCAGCUGGCCUAAUUGCGGGCUGGGCAGGUUAGUUAAUCAGUAUUUCUCUGGGCCGUGAAACAGGUGGUAGAUAAAAUCCAGUCUGACUCCAAACUGAGACUGUUUCCAAGACCCAAAGCACUGGGAUUUUAGCUUAAGAAGGAAAAAAAAACAAAAAGCCGUAUACUUUGUUUUAUUUCCAUGGGGAAGACGUGUUGCAUACUCUGCUUCUAAUCCUUGCUGUAUUUAUAAUGGCACCGAAUUUCAUUUCAUAUGUUUUUUUCUCCUGUGUAUUUAAAAAUAGGAACGUUUCUUGUGAUGAUAACAGACUUCCCAAUGUGUUUUCUUUUUCGGAAGUACUUAACUGAGUUGUUUUUUUUAUCUGCUGUCAUUUCAUACAUUCUGCAUUUGAAAUUGACAAGCCAGCAGAAUGUAUGUGAGGUGUCAGUGGCUCAAAGCAGCCUGUGCAGUGCUGAGAUGUGUUCCAUGCACAGUGACACAGGUCGCUAGGCAGGCGUUUCUGACCGUUACACUUACCCAGUGCCCAGCAAGCAUGUUUGCUUAUGAGCUUUCAUGUAGGACAGCCUGUCUGCUUUCAUUCUGGCCCCCAGAGCAGAGCUCAGCCAGCUGUAGCACAUAGCUUAAUUACAGUGCUAAGAUGCCAGAAAAAUCUCAGACUUACUCUAAUGGUAAACAGCUAUCCUUGCUCUCGAUAUAUGUGUCCUUGUUAAUUCACCAUAAAGGCACGUUAGAGCGUGGCUUUCCUGGGCAUCGAAUGCUGAUUUCAUGCUGCCCUCUGGAGGCCGUCUUUUUCGAACAGAAACAAAUUCGGUGCUAUGAUGGGAAAUCAUCCCUACCCCAAAAUAACAGCACUGCUCCUUGACUGCAUGCAUAGGCACAGACAGGUGGGGUUCCAAUCAAUCACUGCAAAACAGGAGCGCUUAGACAGGAACUUUCAUCUGCUGCCCAAUUCGGAUAUUUCCUCUUGGGAAACACAAUCGUAUUCUUUUUAAUCCAAUUGCUGCCCAGAUCAUUAAUUAGAAGCAUUAUGCAAAUAAAAGGAGGUUGCCAGCCAAGUUUCCAUUCUAAAAUUUUAGACUGAAAGCUCUUAAUCUUCCUCACAGACAAUAGAUUUUUAUGAAUAUAUGCAAAAAUAUCAGUAACAACUCAUGAUUAAAAAUAAAGCGUCCCCAGACUGCUUUUCUUGGAUUAACGCUGUAUGUAUGUGGCUGAACCGGGAUAGGUUUGGGUCUGACCUACGCCAGCACAGCCAGGCAGAGAUUUGGUCCCACCAUCCUCAGGGUGUCCUGGGGUGCAGGAAAGGCCCUGUACUGGACUUGGCCUCAUUGCAGGCCCUCAGAUUGACUCAUCGUGUACUCGGUGUGUUUGGUAGUACAGCCAGGCUUAACCAGGUAGACUGUAAAGGUUACUCCUAGUGUUCUCGUGUUCCCGAGCGAACCACAGCAGCCUUCCCAUGCUCCAUUCAUUAGAUGGCACACCAGAAGGGUCUGACUGUUGUGUAAGCUGCAGCUAAGGCAAGUGCUGAAAACCUGACACUUGGAAAUGAAUGGGAGACGGCCUUGAUAGACCUUAGGACUCUAUACUGCUGUAGAGGGCCUGGGGGAAAACUGCAGGGAAGCUGGGAAACAUGAGUUUUCAAUGCAUAAGAAGUGGCAUUAUUGACAGCAGAGUAGAAUAAGAAAUACAUUAACAUUUGCGGUUUUCCUAUGUCUUAGGACAAUUAAUCCCUGUUUGCUAAGCUGUGGUGGGAGUUCUCAUUGCUGUUUCAUGGGACACAGUGAACUUGUAUGUCUGUGUGUGGCUUCUUAUAUAACGUGGCUGUUAAUGGAGAUUAAAAUGAAGAUGUCCCAAGUAUCUGAGAUACACUUCUGUGUAAAUGACGCUAGAAAUGUGUGGGUUUUUAUCUUCUUUUAAACACUGAAUUGUACGUUUAAUUGUUAAAAGUGCAUUUUACACGAGUUUAUGAAGGGGAUGCUUAUCAAAUCUGCUUUCCUGCUGUGAAAUAAAGGUAGGACCUGGUUUUGCAGGUACCCACUGCAUUUCCAAAUUAGGCCAUUUCCAAAUGGUAAGUUGCCAUUAGUUAGAAUGGGGGCUGGAGUGCUGUUGUGUUUGCUGGGCAGUUUCAUAGAUGGAAUGCCACUGUAUAGGCAAUUUCAUAGCAAUUCUUGCAUUGCUACUUGGGGUUCUACUUUGGUAUCUUACUGAAAACAAAAAUGCUCAAUAGGACAAAUGUUCAGCACAAAAUACCAGUCAGAACUGAAAGCCACCAGCUCUGCCACCUGAAGUUGCUUUGGGCAUGCAGGUCUUUUAACACUGGUCUGUCCUCUAGCAUUUAGGUGCCAUUUCUGAACUGAUGUAAUUAGAGAAACUGUAGCUGCUGGUAUUGAAACCUAACUGAAGAUCUGACUUAUUUAUAACGCAGUUGAGAGAAAUGUAUGCAAUAUGAGUUUUAUCUGUACCUGUUUGAAAUUAUGCUGAUAAAGCUUAAUCCUCUUCCAAGUUAUGCAAGCCUUAUUUAUGGGAAUGGCUGCAUUGCUUCAGGGUGGCUGUCAGAGCUGCCAGGGCUGUGUGCACUACACGUGUCCACGCCGGGCACCCUGAGCAGUACUUUGUGUGGCUGUAUUUACGUGGUAUGGUACACAAAGCUGAGUAAGCCUCUGUAAAAUGUACCACUUUUAAAAUAUAUAUAAAUACAUACAAAUAUUAAGAACUAAAAACAAAUGUGCGUAACGUUUCUAUUUGCAACAUGUUGUGAUUUUUAAUAGUGUAUGCCAUGAAGAGUGUUCUAUUUACUCACUGCUUUGGGGAACAACUGUUUUAAAAAUGAAGGCAUUAAUGACAGUAUUUCGUAUCCAUUGUUUUAACGUGUUAAAAUGCUUAUUAAUUAGUCCUGCAGUGUAUGUAUUUGUAGCUUAAAGCUGCACUGGACAGCACGUCAGCUCGAGACCUCCAGAAACACUUCCUUGUGCUUUCUGUAAGAAAAGCCAAGACUUGACGUUUAGACGUGGUCUCUCUGUACAGGUUGCUUUUACAGUCGUGUGAAUAUGUAUAAUGAACUCUGCGUUUGUAACCAAGGAUCAGCAAACUGUAAAUGUUCCGGUUGUUAUUAUAAAUAGCUGCAAAGUAUCUUAACCAGACAAGAGUUCAAAUAAAGAUUAAUGGCCAUUAUUCGUAUUUCCUCUACUGUCUUUCAGUUCAUUUCAAUUGUUCAGAAUUGACUUAUGCAACAGCUGAGUUUUACCACUGAAGCUCAGUGUAGUUUUAAAUGUAUGGCAAUUUGGUUUGGGAUUCCCCACAUUAAUACAAAACUGAACCUGCUCCUGUGUUUACCAAAUAGCUGCAACUGAAAACAACUCUGGUCUGCUGGGUAUGCAGUCAAACGGUCUGAGUCCUCCCAGUUGUCAGUUUAAAACAAACGGAUACAAACACAUAGUGGAAAUGAAAGAAUAAAAAUCUGGUUAUCUUUUAGAAUGAAUGACUGAUGGCUCUGCUGGGGAUACAGCACCUACAGCAGAGUGCAGACGCACGUCCCUUCCAGUUCUUAUCUCUGUGUUUUUCUUUAAGGAAUCCCAUCCCACCAUCACCAGGACUGUCUCCUCUCACCUGACGGCAGCGUUUGGCUUUUAUCCCACCCGCUGCCUCUGGGUCAGCUGCAGAGGAGCAGACUCAACGCGGGAGCACAACCAUACAAGAGGUUUGUUGUACUUUUGCUUAAGGAGUGCAGUGUGUUAAACACUACAGCUCUAACCCCUAAGCUACCAUCACAAAUCACUCUGAGCCGCGUGCUGCUGCCAGCACUGUGCCCCAGCCCGUGUGUGCUGGUAGAACCUCCCAGGGCCACGGGACCUGCAGGGUGAAGUCACCACUCCUGAUGCCAGAGGAGCCCAGUCCGGCCGGCGGAGGAGAGGCCAAAGCACGGCUCUUCUUGCAAGCUGUUUUAUCCUAAUGAUCCACUGAAGAUUGUAAAGGCGAGAGGCCAGUACAUGUACGAUGAGAAUGGAAGGCAAUACCUUGACUGCAUAAACAACGUUGCUCAUGUUGGACAUUGUCACCCCGAUGUAGUAAAAGCAGCCCACGAGCAAAACCAAUUGCUAAAUACAAAUUCUCGUUAUCUUCAUGACAAUUUGACUGAUUAUGCAGAGAGACUUUCAGAAAAGCUACCUGAGAAGUUGUGCACCUUUUAUUUCUUGAAUUCUGGAUCUGAGGCUAAUGAUCUUGCCCUAAGAAUGGCACGGCAGUUUACAAAGCACGAGGAUGUCAUAGUUCUAGACCAUGCUUACCAUGGACAUCUGACAUCCUUGAUUGACAUAAGCCCAUAUAAAUUCAGAAAUCUAGAAGGACAAAAGGAAUGGGUCCACGUGGCUCCUGUUCCAGACACAUACAGAGGUCUAUACAGAGAGGACCAUGAAGAUCCAGCAACAGCCUAUGCCACCGAAGUGAAAAAUAUUAUUGAGCGAGCACAUAAGAAAGGCAGAGAGAUUGCUGCGUUUUUUGCUGAAUCUCUGCCAAGCGUCGGUGGUCAGAUCAUCCCACCAGAAGGCUAUUUUCAGAAAGUAGCAGAGCAUGUGCACAAGGCAGGAGGUGUGUUUGUUGCUGAUGAAAUUCAAGUUGGCUUUGGCAGGGUUGGCAAGCACUUUUGGGCAUUUCAGCUGCAGGGAGAAGAGUUUAUACCUGACAUAGUCACUAUGGGGAAACCCAUAGGUAAUGGGCACCCUAUUGCCUGUGUAGCAACAACAAAAGAAAUUGCAGAAGCAUUUGCAGCCACAGGAGUAGAAUAUUUCAACACAUUUGGAGGAAACCCUGUUUCGUGUGCCAUUGGAUUAGCUGUUUUAGAUGUGAUAGAGAAGGAACAGCUUCAGAUUCAUGCCACAGAAGUUGGUAACUUCUUGAUGAAGCUACUCACGGAGCAAAAAGUCAAGCACCCCAUCAUUGGUGAUGUCAGAGGUUCUGGCUUAUUCAUUGGAGUGGACUUAAUUAAAGAUCAAGCCAAAAGGACCCCAGCCACAGAAGAAGCAGAGUAUUUAAUAACAAGGCUUAAGGAAGAAUAUAUUCUCCUGAGUACAGAUGGGCCAGGAAGAAAUGUACUUAAAUUCAAGCCCCCAAUGUGUUUCACUAUGGAGGAUGCAAAAUUUGUAGUGGACACCAUAGACAAGCUUUUAACAGAUAUGGAAAAAGAACAUAUGAACCAGGAGAAAACAUCCACUGGCUCAACCUAAGCAGGUUUCAAACAUGUUUCAAGACCUACUACUAAGAAAAAUUACUCUACUGUGAUAACGUACACUUAAUCCUCAUCUUAGUAUGUCUUAGACCAGAUAAGUUAACCUUUGAUUUUGUUAUUUUCAGUUAUCUUAUUAUUAAGUGAAAGCUUUAGGAGAAAUAAAUGUUCAACUGUG